UAUAUCCAUGAAUAAAUUUGAAAACAAAAACAACUUUCUUUUUUUUCAAGUUUCGAAAUCUUUGUUUUGUCAGUUGAUGCUGAUUAAAUUAACUAUAAAUUAUAAUUAAUUCAUUUUCGUGUAUUGAAACUGAAACGUGGAAGUGCAACAAUAAAACAAAACUCGCGAACAACAUACUUCAAUAAGUUGUAUGCCAAACUGAAAACUCUGGUCACUUGGUCUUCAUGAUAAAUUGUGGAAACAAGUCAGCGGUCAUCGCGGGCAAUUUGAUAAUUUCUUAUGACCCAAAUCUAUUCUGAUUUUGUUCAAUUUGCCACGAAUUUAUCGAGCUUUCAUUCACCAUGCUUCCAAUUACAAAAGAUGAAAGGGAAUGGAUCCAAAACGCUAUAAAAUUCUACCGAGAAUGGGAUAAAACACUCUAUCUAUGGAAAGCUUUUCACGCAGACCAGCACGACUUGCUAAAAUCUUACGUUGGUCUUUCACUGUACGGAAAUCCAUCUCAAGAAGAACUGAAUAUUUGUGAUAUUUGGCGCAAAUUUCCCGACAAACGACAAAAAAAUAUCGACGAGCUGUGCAGAAAAUUCAAUUACGAGAACGGUCAAGUUAUCGUAGCUCAUACGUAUUUGUAUCUCGACGAUGAUAAUAAAGCUUGCGUUUUCAGACAGAUGAAAUCCAACGAUGAGGUUAUUUUCAUCGACGGUAUCGGACGAGUUUACAAAUCGUGGACCCAUUUCCUUAAAACGAAUCGGUUACCGGAUUGCCAUUACGUAGCACCGGACGACGGAAUACAUAAAAUCAAACAAACAUUGUUCGAGUAUAAAUCACCAGCCGCUGGUAUAGGUCAUGCAGUACUUAGAGGAGCUGAUAUUGCAGCGGCAGGUACUGCGAUUGUGGGAACUGUGCUGACAUUGGCUACAGCUCCUAUUUCAGCCUUUGUUAUAGCCGGCGCUGGUACAGGGUACGCCAUCGGAAGGAAUAUCGGUGUGUUGGUCGAUCGUGGCAAACAUAAAGAAUCGAUCGGUUUCAAUAAUGCUCAGUCGGCCAUGGCUUGGUUGAUUAUAGGAACAUCUGCGAUAACUGGAGCUUCAUCUUUAGCUUUAUAUCAGUCCGCUUUGAUCGUCGAGAACGCUGGUAAUUUCGCCAACGCAGCCAGAUUAGGUUUACAAGGAUUGAAUUACGCAGCUUUGGCGUCAAAUUUUUGUAAUUUUGGAACCUACGCGUAUUUUCUGAAGCUCAAAAUCGAAAAUGGAGAGAAACUGACUGCGUUCGAUUUGAUGGAAGGAUGCGUCAGUAUAUUCUUGAUCGCCGGAGCUGUUUCUAAUACUAAACAAAUGCAUAAAUAUAUCAAUAGCUUAGAGACGGCACCCACUACAGUUACAGGACGUUUGACUCGAUCUGUUAAAAAAAGUUUAAAAGAAUUACGAGUUCAAUUACCCGAUAACGAAGGCAACGCUGGUGUAAAAGAAGUAAUCGUUUUGGAAGAGAACAUACCCAGUUGGGGUUUGAAUUUCGUGUUGAAUGCUGGUCAACAAUUCUUAGCGAAGCAUACAAACAUCCAACAUAUAUAUUACAAGUGCUUGGAAAUAUUGAAUACUUGUUGCGAUUUCCGGUACAAGAAAAUUGGCGCCGUUGUUUUCUUCACCAAUAUGACUAACCAUGUUCAGAAUCUGCUUAUUUUAAUCUCCGAUGGCUUGGUUUCGAUUAAAGAACAAUUACAGCCAUUUUUGAAACAAUAUUUUUCAUGGGCGAUCCCUGACUCACUGAUGGAACAAAUCGGUCAUAUGCUUGGAAACACAACGACUGCUGUCAAGAACGUCGAUGAAACGUUGAUCGAAGACGAAGAACAACCAUUUGGCGAAAACGAAUCAAAACUGUACUACGAAAUUAUUUUCGAAACGGCCAAAAAUCGUAUCCCCGAAACGACCAAAUCCAACGAUAUCAUCAGUGUGUUUAGUCAUCAACUGCUAUCUCUCGUUCGUGAAAUAAUGAUCGAAGCCAACGAUAACUACGAAGAAUGGGUAUCGAAAAAUAUAUCGAAAAUGGGCAAAACUGACGCCACCAAACGAUUCUCCAAAUUAGGAAUAAAAACGUCCAGUGAUUUUGCCAACUUGAACUUCGUUCAUAUCAUGAAAAAUAAAAAUACCACCUCGGUAAAUCGAAACGUGCUAAAUGAAUUAACACUCCAGAAAGUUUCGACUCUGUAUGAAAAACUACUCUUCAAAGUGGCACCGAGGAGUACUUUCGUCGAACUUGGUGUUUUGGAAACGUGCCAAUUCCUGAAAAGAUCCAUUACCGAAUUUUUCGCGCCACUAGGUGAAAGAUUCAAAUCUGCUAAAGACAUGUAUGAACUCGAUGCACCGUUAGGGCACCACAUUGCAAUGAAUUCGGUAUUCGACGAACUGAAUGUGAGAUCGAAUAAUAGAUCUUACGUGAUGACUGACUCGACCUUUUUCGAUCUAGCUGCGGACGGUUUAUCUUUGGAUAAAAUAUCUCGAGAACUUUCAGCAGAACUAAGCGACUGUAAACAAAUAUCUAAAACAAGUAACCAGCUUUCCGAUGAAAAUAUUCGCUGCACUGUGUUAUCUUUAUGCGAUAAAUUCUACCGUAAAGUUGAUUCCAUGCUUCAUGUGACCGGUCAAGUCGAACGUGAAGAAAGAGUUAAAGAUUGUUACAACUAUCUGAUGGUAAAAUUCACCGCUUCGAUUCAAAAUAUGGAAAAAGAACGCAAAAACGAGCUCUCUGAUUGUUUCGAGUUUCAAAACGACGUUUAUUUUGAUCGAAGAAAAUUCGCCAGCGUUUUCAGAAAAGCAUGCGAAGCGCAAAAACACGAAAUGUUCGCUUCUGCGGUGGAGUAUUUUACUCGAGAGGAAAACCUGCUACGUUUAGCUCAGCGAUACGUCACCGAGCGUAGAAAUUUUGAUAAUUUUUUCGUCGAGGUGUGUACCGAGAUUGAUAAAGAAGACGGAGUGCGAAUGUUUUCCAUCGAUGAAGGCAGCUUUUUAAAUUUACGAGCUUACAUGCGACGAGCUGCUUCCUUAUUUGACUUGCAUGAGGAUCGAAUGGAGCUCGUCAAAUGGGAGAAUGGAGUAGUGAUUUUAGAAUGUGGUGAUAAAAUUGUCGUAUUUCAGAAUGUUGAUACGAAAUUGAUGAUUGUAAUGGAGUUCGAUACAUCUAAUCAACUUGUUUCGAAUUAUUUCCAGUGAAAUGUACGAGUAUCUAUUGUUGUCUCAAUUUAGUAGAGAUUGACUGUAACUGUAAGCAUAUUAUAGAGCUUUAUUCUGAUGUGAUUUUUUUCACUUUUACACUUUCUUAAGUGUUGAUAUUAUUAGCACAAUCAAUCAAUCAUUUUGUUCAUUGAACCGGUUUCAUUUUUAAUUAUUAAUAUCGAUUUUUUUUUUGAAUUGUUAUUUUUUUAUUAUUAUUAAGGUAGGUCUAUUUCUACUUUUUAUAAAAUGAGACUAAUAUCGACUUAUUUAUGUACCUACCUAUUUAAUGUUGUCUUACUAAUCUCGGUGUUUAUUUAUAGAUAGCCAAGCUAUACUAUAUACAAUGAAUGUUGCCCAAAGUGUAUUACGAAAGAGUAAAAUUUUGCAAAAUGCAUUGUCCAAAGGUACGAAUUUUGUUUAAAAAUGGUUUGUAUUGUGUUCCAAGUUGUAACUUUUAUUACGUUUAGAUUUAGAUAUCACUACUUUGAACUUUCGAUAUCAAUUAUACUCAUAUUUUUUUUUAUCGAAUCUCAUAUACUUAUUCCUGAUUGUUUUGUAGUUUUUAAAAUAAAAAUCUUUCCUUCUU